UCAGGAACACCCCACCCAAGGCCUCUGACCCUCACUUCCUCCUUAUCUUCCCUAGACAGGCAGAGACCAGUGUGAAAUUCAUGUGAGGCUUGGGGCAGCGUUAGCCUUAUGGAGCCUCUCUCUAACUUGCUGCUGGGUGCUCCCCAAGGUCAGCGCCGUGUGCAGUGCCUCAGAUAGGUCACCAGAGACUCCUGAAGAGCCCCUGUGCUCCCCCUCCACCAAGACCUGCACCUGGGCUCUCAGACCCCACAUCCCCUGAGACCCUGCAGACCUGAGUUUCUCCUGUGUCCCUCCUCCCGGCUCUGAGGCCCAAAUAGAGCCAGGAUGUGUGGGCAGUGGCAGGGGAUGGAACGGGGGUGGGGGGCAGUAGAAAGGCGCCGCCUGUCCACCCAGCUGGACAUGGGAGAAUGCGCAAAACCAACUGACUAGAGAUUCUGCACGAUUGUCACAUGGCCCGCCAGCCCAGGCUGAGUGCCGGUCUAGUUUUUGGUGGCCACUUGGCAUUUCUCCAUCUGCCUCCGCUGGCUUCUAGCGGGGUGGUGGGGUGUGGCAGUCAGCUCGUAUUUAGUGUACCGAACCAGAGUCUGCUGGCAGCACCAUCUUCCAGGAGCCUGAGCCUGGUACCCCCUGUACCAGUUGGGUGGCCCACAACUUCGGGUGUUCCGAACCAACUUCUUCAUUCAGCUGGUGCGGCCCGGUGUGGCCCAACCCGAGGACACCGUGCAGUUCCGGAUCCCCAUGGAAAUGACAAGGGUAGACCUCAGGAAUUACCUCGAGAGCAUCUAUAACGUGCCCGUGGCUGCCGUGCGGACACGGGUGCAGUAUGGCUCUAACAAGAGAAGAGAUCACAGAAACGUGAGGAUCAAGAAGCCGGACUACAAGGUCGCCUACGUGCAGCUGGCCCACGGACAGACCUUCACGUUCCCAGAUCUGUUUCCCGAGAAAGACCAGAGCCCCGAAGGCAGCACUGCCGACGGACUCCACGACAUGCUCACGGAGGAGAGGCGGCAGAGGCAGAGCAGUGACCCUCGGCGGGGCGGCAUCCCCAACUGGUUCGGGCUGUGACGGGGCGGCCAUCAGGGGUGUGCCCCAGGUGGGCACUGUGGUAGAGCAGCCCUGACACCUAAAUAAAAGUCCUCCUGCAGAAGAAAGA